AUCUAAUGGAAGACACAAAUUAAUUCAAAGUAGAAAAGAAGCGAAUAGAAAAAAAUAUGUAAAAAAUACAUACAUACUUAUGUAUAUUAAUCAAAAAUCGUAAAUCAAAGACAACAAAAACAACAACACUCCGCUAUUGCCCUGCUUAGUGAACCUCUGAGCUGCAGACUCCUCCACCCAGUGUGUCUCUAGUGUUUAGCAAUUAAAAUUGCAUACGAAACAAACAACAAAAAGUCUUCAUUUGUCUACCUGUGAGUGUGUGUGUGUGCGCGUGUGCAUUCAAUGGCGCGGCUUGUGAUUUAUCUCUUCGUCAUCUGCACUUUACUACUUUGUCAAGAAAACGUUCGUCAUAGUGGCGCCACCGGUGGCUGGCGUACAGGUGUGGCGGAUGCAACCAAUGGUCAUGGCAGUCAGUUAGAGGGUCGUGAUCGGCAUCAUCAUGAACGCGGUGGACAUAUAAGACGCGACCUCAAUCAUUGCUGGCGCCGCUAUGAUGGCUAUAAUUUGCAGAGUACAAUGGUCAAUAAAAAGGAGCAAAUGAAGAAGCCGUACGGCAUAUUGUGCAACUUCAAAUGUACUUGGUUUUUUACAAUAAAUUUUCCCACAUGUGAAUUCAUUUAUGAUUACAAACUCUCUUGCUACUUAUUUACAUCACUGCCGGAUUGUACUGCGGUUAAAUGUACGCUUUUAAAUUUUUUUACAUAAAAUUUCGUCAAGAAAAGGCGUGACUAAUUUAUACUUAUAUAAUAUAAAUUUACUAUAUUUAUUAAAAUGGU